ACCUUCCACAUUGCUGGCCACUCAACCAUGAGAUCCCACUCCUUCCUGUCUGCCCUCUUCCUCUUAGUGAUGAUGAUGCCGAGAGGAAAGGCUGGCGUUGUCCCUGGGGAAAAGCAGUGUAUUCUGUUAAAAGGGGUAUGCAAAGACGUAUCGUGCACAUCCACAGAUGACACCAUUGGCGUAUGUAACGACGAGAAGAAAUGUUGUAGGAGAUGGUGGGUGUUUGAUCCCUACCCAACGCCUGUUCCCAAAGGAAAGUCUCCUUAGAGGGAAGAACAUGAUAAGCCUUUCAAACUCCAGAAAAUGUGGACAAACGUUGUAGACUUCUGCUCACCUACACUCACCUUUUCUCUUGCCUGGAAAUAAAUAUCCUGAGUCCAAACUUCCUGGUUGCUGCAAGCCUUUUAAAAAUCUACCAGAAGCUAGCUAAAAGAACUGAGGGGGGACCCCUGGCUGCUUUAGGGUGUACUGGGACACCUCUGUUCAAUUAAAACAGGGUUUAAGAAAUUAUUUGAGAUUUAUCAUAGCAAUACUGUCACCUCUAAAUUUAAUAAUAAUAACUAGAAGAAAAUGUACAAGAAGAAUCUUAUACCCUGAAAAUAUUUAAGCAAAAUGAGCAUCCAAUUAAAGGAUCAAAGUGAAACUUUAAACGUGUAAAAUAAUGAAUAUGAAGUAGAUAAUGUUUGCUCGUCCACCUUGGGCAUGUCUGCAUUUCAUCUCUUUCAUUGGCUUCUGGAAGCGUAGCAUUUUUCUGGGCUGAGAGUGAAGCUCAGAAACAGGGCACUUGAUUAGCCCUGACUCAAAACACUAAAAAUAAAUAUAAUUUUUACUGAGAUCACUUGGAGCAUAUGGGUAGAAGUCUAUCAAUCACGUGACCUUAUUGCCAGUGACCUGAGAGUUAGGCUACGGUCCUUAUUCCCUCUCCCAAACACAACUUCAAAUGACAUAAUCCAAAUUCUUAAAAAUCUAAAACAAUUAUAUUUCUUUAAUGUCUAUCGCAAAAGAUAAAAAGAAAAAAAUUCCUGAAGUAUAAUUCUGGAAGAAAAUAACUUUAAAAUUUCCUUACAUUCAUUAACAUAAAAAAGUAAUUUACCUGUGAAAUUUUAAAACAUGACAGAACAUCUUUUAGGCUAGAAUAUACAACAGCACACAUGGUUUUGCAUAAUGAUAAUGGUUACAUAGGUCUAACAACUAUGAACCGAUCAGAUAUAUCAUAAAUACGCCAAAGUGAAUACUGCUGUGAUUGGUGAGUGUGUGCUCUUUAUAACUAUGACAGCUUAAAAAAUCGGUGGGCACAUGAAAUUUAUUAACAAAAUCAGCCAAAGAUAUGAAGAAUCCCCACUAUCCAGAGCCAACCCCUUUUUAUCUUCCACAAAAAAGACAUGUCUUUGUUCACUGACGGACUCUCAACAUUUCUGUGCAUAUACCCAGUUCUGACACAUAAGGACACCCUUUUAUACUCUGUGUACUGCUUUGGGUACAUAAAAUCUGGGCUGGUUGGCUUUUGUCAACUUGACACAAAUCCAGUCAUAUCUUGAUUGAGAAAAUAACCUCUGUAGAACUGGCGAUAGGGCAAGCCUGUGGGACAUCUUGAUUAGUGACUGAGGUGGGAGGGUCCAGAUCACUGUGGGUGGUGACACCCCCUUUCACCUGAGUUGCAUAAGCAAGCAGGCUGAGUUAGCCAGGAAGUAGUGUUCCUCCAUUGCUUCUGCUCCACUCCCGUCAUUGAGUUCCUACCCAGCUGCCUGCAGACUACAAGCUGCAAACCAAAAUAAACGCUUUCCUCCCCA